UCACAUUCAUAUUGAUGCUAAUGAAUCUAUAUAGAUAUAGAUUCGUUAGUAUCAAUAUAAAUGUGUGAAAUGAUAGAAUGACUUACAUUGUGAAACGGAGGGACUAUGUAUGUACAUUGUAAUCUAUACGUACCCUACCCGGACGGAACACAGUCCUCUAGUCCCUUGUGUUCAACUCAAUUUUAACCUGCUAAGUGCUAAGUACCCAAGUAUUAAUCGAGUGAUGUGGGUUGUUAACAUACAAAAGUUAACGAACUCUGUCGGUAUUUAACAAAAGAUAAGUUACAAUACAAAUUGUCUAAUGAAUGAGAUCUCCUCGGACAGAGAUGCACACUAAUAUAUAUUCUAGUAAAGGGUAGGUGUCAUGCAUAUCAACUCGUUUAUAAAUCCUAAAAGAGACAUGCUUAUACAUGUGAAAAGAAAACAAUGGAGAUCACACCUGCUGGCAGCGACCAUGAGAUUCCUGAACACCUAUCCAUGUGCUCUAAACUUUACCUCGCAGCAUUUCGCGGCUACACAGAUGAGGUCUGCAAUCUCUUAGCCGGAAGCAGUGGCGCCGCCGUGCAGCCGGCGAACAGCUCGCCAUCGCCGGCAGCGCAAGAACGUGCUAAUCACCAAGGACCCUGCAGCAUUCGCGAGGUUACCGCAGAGCUUCGCACGCUUCUCCACAUUGCAGCCGGGCAAGGACACGACGACCUGAUCGCCGAGCUGUGCCUUCACGACAGCAGCCUCCUCUCCUCGGCCAGCUCGUCGGGGCACACGCCGCUGCACUGCGCGGCGAGGGCAGGGCACGCCCUCGCCGUCCGGGCCAUCUCGCUGUUGGCCGGGGCAAGUGUUGAGGAGGACAGGGUAAGGGACGUAGUGCGCAGCAAGAACGUCGCUGGGGACACCGCGCUGCACAUCGCCGCGAGGCACGGCCAUGGCAAGGCGGUGGAGGAGCUGAUGGAGGUGGCGCCGGAGACCGCGUCGGAGCUGAACGGCGCCGGCGUGUCACCGCUGUACCUGGCGGUGAUGAGCAGGUCGGUGCGCGCCGUCAGGGCCAUUAUCUCGUGCAGGGAUGCGUCGGCUGCCGGCCCUAAUUCUCAGAAUGCGCUGCAUGCCGCGGUGCUCCAAUGUUCAGGUAAUUAAGUCUCUGCGUCUACUGACAGCAUACUACAUAAGCUACACGUAUGUAUGGACUGUAUGCAGAUUUUCAACUAAUAUUCACACGUGUUAAUUAAGGAAUAA